AUGUUUUACAAUAUCACAAAACCUGAUGCACUAGAAUUUUUCUAUCUUUAUCUGUUUAAAAAAGAUUGGCAUUUAGAAAUAGCUGAUGAAUAUAAAACAAACCUAACUGUUAAAAGAAUAGUUAAAAUUAUGAUACAAAAUCCAAAUCUCUAUAAAGAGAUGCUUAUAGAUUACAAAGUUAAA